AUGGAGCUAACGCAAAUAGCAGAUGGCGUUAUAUCUGCUCUUUGUAAGUUAGAGGAGCUAUAUAAUUUGAGACAUCCUAGGUCUGCGGCUUUUGAAGAUCAGUGGCAUUGGACAAGAAGUGCCACCCUUACCGAGUUACAAUUCUUGUCUAGAUUAACUAGCUUGAAAAUUUUUAUCCCAAACCCGGAUCUUUUGCCCGAUAAUGACAUGCCUUUCAAAAAGUUAUCAAGCUUUACAAUAAUAAUAGGUGCUGAAAACAAUAUGGAGAACCUUUUGCGGGCUAAAAGAUAUUAUUCAAGAAAAAUUAUGAUCUCAGCUAAUGAGGUUACGAUUUUACGAUUGGUUAAUUGCCUUAAUCAUUUGGUAACUAGAAAAACAGAGUAUCUAUUUAUCUGUGGUUUACAAAACAUCUUUCUUGACCUUGUAGAUAGAGGUCUCAAUGAGUUGAAAAGUCUAACUGUGACUCAUCAGGAAGUAACAUAUCUCCUAAAUAUGUUGGAAAGGGAAUCAAAGUUAACAUUCCAAAACUUAGAGGAACUAGAAAUUCGAGACCAUCCCAACUUGGUUGAAAUAUGCCAUGGUGAACCCCCAAUCCAGUCCUUUGAGAAGCUCAAAAUUUUAGUUGUGCAUCAGUGCAACAAGUUCUUAAACAUUGUUCCAAGUCAUCUGUUACAGAGGUUUCAAAAUCCAGAAUCUUUUGAAGUACAUAAUUGUGAAGUAGUGGUAUACAUAUUCGAUUGUGAAGAGCUUAAGGUUGCAAAUGGAAAAACAAAGUUGCUCUCGUCAUUAAAGGAUCUAGAUUUGUAUCAUCUACCAGAGAUGACACAUAUAUGGAAGGGUGACUCUCAAUACAUAAACCUUGGCAACUUAAAGAUAAUGAGAUUGUGCACUUGCCCAAACUUAAUUAAGCUAUUUUCACCAGCUUUAUUGCACAGUCUUAUUUGUUUAGAAGAGAUGAAGAUAUUAGGUUGCAAAAAGUUAGAGGAGAUCUUCAUCUUCGGAACGAAAGAAGAAGAGGAAUAUGAAGAAAAAGGUAUAGUACCAUGGAGGAAAGAUCACACCAUAACCUCCCCAAGUUUGCGAAACUUGACUUCUAUAAGAAUAGAGGAGUGCUCUAAAUUGAAAAACCUCUUCACCCCGUCCAUAGUUAAAAGCCUGGUGAAGCUUAGCAGUCUUGCAAUAGAGGGAUGCUCAACACUACAUGAAAUAAUCACAAAUGAGGAAGCAUCAGUAGUACAGAGGAUUGUGUUUCCUAGUUUGUCCUCCUUGUUGCUUGGAAGGCUGGAUAACAUUGCUUGUUUUAGCUCAGGCCUAUAUUCCAUUGAAUUCCCAGUUUUGGAGACAUUCAAUAUAUAUGGAUGUCCAAAUAUGAAGAUCUUUAGUUAUGGAGAACAACUGACACCAAAACUCAAAAAAGUUGUGAUAUGUUUUGAAGAACGAUGGAUGGGUAACCUUAACUCCAUAGUGCAACAAUUGUGCAUACAAGAGGAGGAAUGGCAGAAACAGUUCCUCAACAAUGUAAAUGGUAUGAAUCAUGUUUGA